AUGCCCAGCCGUCUGCUGAGGAUAGACGGCACAGCCAGCAGCACGGCCCAAGCUGUCAGCGGGACGGUGACGCUCAUCGAAACAGCGGCUGCGGCUGCGGUGCCAUACGUCGCGCUGAGCUACUGUUGGGGCCCCUACACGGCGGACAUCCGGACCACCGUCGCGGCGAACCUGCGCGAGCACAUGCACGGCAUCGCCGUGGCCGCGCUGCCGCGCACCGUGCAGGACGCCAUCCUCGUAGUGGCCAGGCUGGGCGUGUCGUACAUCUGGGUCGACGCGCUGUGCAUCGUCCAGGACGACCCAGCUGAUUGGACGCGCGAGGCCGCCACCAUGGUCGACGUGUACGCGCACUCGCACUUCACCAUCAGCGCCAAGGGCCCGGACUCGUGCCACCAGGGCUUCCUGGGGCCGCAGCUGUUCGGGGCGCCCGAGUGGCAGCGGCCCGUCCCCGUCGACGCUGUGCCGAGCGUCGUCCUCAGCGGCGGCGGCGCGCGGCCCAACCAGAAGAUCAUGGUGCGCGGCGGGCGGGUCGACCACGCGGACUCGGCGGCUCGGCGCUUCGCCCUCGACACGCGCGGGUGGUGCCUCCAGGAGACGGUGCUGCCGCGGCGCCGGCUGGUCUUCGACGGCUGCGAGAUGUCAUGGCACUGCCUCGAGUGCGCGCUGUGCGAG